AUGAAGAGCAGGGACAAGUACAUCUUCACAUCGGUGAGUCCGAGUUGGCGAGCCGAUAGUCGGCCAGAUGACCAACAAGCCAACAUUCAUCUUUUAGUCCGCGAGAGUCUGCACCAACAUUAUGCGCUCCUCGCGUCCCCUGAUUGGCAGCAGAUAAUCACCCAGUUGGCAGGACUAGGAGUCUCUAGCGUCCUAGCACUGACCGUGCGCCAUGCGAUGAUAUCGGAGUUCUCAUCCAACCCGAAAAGCCUGGGGAAUGAGGCCCCGGUGACCGGGACGGCUAUUUAUCUCACCCCUGAUCCGGAGGGGUGGGAAAAAACUUGGGCGCUUUGGACAAGUAUCGUCUCCACGGUACCUGGCUGCAUUGGCGUGACGGGUGGGUGGAUGGUGGAGCCAGUGGAGGGGAACCUUUCCUAUAUUGUCUAUGUGGGAUGGGAAAGUGUCGAAGUUCAUGAUUCAUAUCAUCAUACGAGACAUUUCCGUGAGCGCGCUAUUGUACUACGGGAACAUAAUACGGGAUACCGGGAGUAUGGACAUGUUGCCUUUAAGCACUCGUGUUCUCGUCGAGAAGCGAAUCUAUGA